UUAUCAUAUACACAUUUAAAGUCAAAAGUAGAGAGCUUUUAAUGUAUUUUAACGUGCUCCUGUUUAAGUGUGUAGGACUCAAGUAGCGAUUUUAUUCUUUCAUAAUAAUGAGCUCAAUUGUGAGCUACAAAUAUUAUGUCGUUUUAUGAUCUACACUUUAGUCAUCCACAAACUCCAUCUACCUACGAUUAUUUUUUAUUAACACCUUUAACCUUGACUGCUACGCAUCUAAACUUUGACCCAUCUAAGAAUAUUUAGAAAGUCUAUAAACUCAACAAUGGAGUGUGCUGAUAUAGAUGAAUGUGUACAAAAUUGGGAAUCAAUUGCUGGAGAAUAUAAAGCUUUAGAAAAUGUCAACAAAGAAUAUCUGGCCAAAGUAGAAGAAGUCGGAGAUCUUCAAGGGCAAUGUGUUAAGCAAGUAGCUCAUCAGAAAUAUAGAUUAAAUGUUAUCGCAAAAUCUUUAAAAAGGUUAGAAAAAGAUGAGAGACAAGACAUAGUGCAAAGAUUAUGGAAAGAUGUAAAUCAACGUCGCCAACAAUUAGCAGACAUUGAGCAAACUUUGCCUAAACCUAAUGGAAGAUACUUGAAAAUCAUUCUUGGUAGUGUAAAUGUAUCUAUUUUGAAUAAAGAAGAUAAGUUUCGUUAUAAAGAUGAAUAUGAGAAGUUCAAGCUAGUUUUAAGCAUAAUUGGUUUUUUUUUAUCCCUUUUAAACUUAUUAACCAAAAGGCGUGCAUUAGAACUAACAUUUUUAUUUUUGUUAGUCUGGUAUUAUUGCACAUUAACCAUACGAGAAAGUAUAUUAAAAGUAAAUGGAUCUAAAAUAAAAGGUUGGUGGCGUGUGCAUCAUUUUAUAUCUACAGUCGCUUCAGCAGUUCUUUUAGUAUGGCCUAGUUCUGAAACAUGGUAUAUUUUUAGACCUCAAUUCAUGAUUUUUAAUGUUCUUAUAAGUAUAGUUCAAUCAUUCCAAUUUGUCUAUCAACAAGGGGUUUUAUAUAGACUCAAAGCACUGGGUGAACGACAUAAUAUGGAUAUAACAAUUGAAGGUUUUCAUUCAUGGAUGUGGAGGGGUCUCAGUUUUUUACUGCCAUUUUUAUAUUUAGGAUACAUAUUUCAGUUAUACAACGCGUAUACAUUAUAUAAACUCUGUAGCCAUCCAAAUGCUACUUGGCAGGUUCCAGUGUUAUCAGGACUUUUUUUUUCAUUGUUCCUGGGAAAUACAAUAACUACUUCAAUGGUCAUUCCACAAAAACUAAAGGAAGUAAAAAUAAGGAGGAUCAUCAAGACUUAUACCAGAAAAAUGUCUGGUAAUCGACUUGGAGUUGACUCCAACAAGAGUGACUGAAACUGAUAUAAAAUAAUUGAGCUGUUGUUGAAACUUGAAAUCAUUGUUUUCUUAAAUCUAUCUUUAAGUAGUUCAUUAUUGUUGUUAAAAGUAUACUUUAAUUGGUGUAUCACUUAAAACUUAAAAAUUAUUUUUAAUAAAUAGUCAAAAUUACUAUUUAAAAUUUUAUAGA